AUAAUAGCAGUCGGGCAGUCGGCAUUCGAUCGCGGUCGGUUCUCGUCGUCGUCGUUUCCGCCAGUCCGCCCGGCACCACGGCCCCGGUUCGAAACGAUUUUUUCGCCGCUCUCGUGCUCCCGCGUAGUAUAACAUUAAUAGUAUACAGACCGUCCCCCGGGGGAAGAAAAAAAAAAUUCCAAAAGCUCUCUAGUAAAAAAGUCUUAACCACGUCGCAGAUAUCGUGUUAUCAUCGUUUCGCCGUUGAAAAUAAACGAUCACGCGAUCGUGUGCGAAUCGAGGAGAUAAUAUCAUAUACGCUCAAAGUAUAAAAACAAUACUAUACUACAUGAUUAGGAGGCGAUGAUCCUGUAGCACGCUUGCCUUAACCUUCGUCAACCCGCGUGUCAUCAGCUAUAAUAUACUUACGACACAAUAUCGUUUGAUGGUGUGUUAGACGCGCGCGACUACGCGUUCCAUACCGGUAAAAGGCCGCCCUCGCGCGAUGGGGGCCGGAAAAAUGCGUAGGAAAGUCAAGCUGCUAUUGAUUUUCCUGGCGUCGUGGAUGUUUGUGGUCGUGUAUCUGAUACAGUCCGGUUCAAGGGACACAAAGCCAGAAGAGAAUAGAGCGUUACGGCUGAAAAGCGACCGAUACGGUUUAAUGUCUGCCGACGAUCCGUCGGUCGACAGGCACGUAGAUAGUUCGCCAAGUUCUCUGACCGAUGGCCAGGCAGAACUCUUUACGCCUUUUUCGACAUUAAGCAGUUACCUGGACGAGGUUGCGUACGUGGCCGCUGGUGGUCUCAGACACGGCGACGAUGCGUAUUCACGUAACAAAUUCAAUCAAUUGGCGAGCGAUAGCCUGCGUAGCAAUCGGCCGGUGCCCGACACUAGAAACGCAAAGUGUUUAACUAAAAAAUAUCGCAUUGAUCUGCCACAGACAAGUGUCAUCAUCACAUUUCAUAACGAAGCCAGGUCUACUCUUUUGAGAACAGUUGUCAGCGUUUUAAAUAGAAGUCCCGAACAUUUAAUCAAAGAAAUAAUUUUAGUGGACGAUUUCAGCGAUGACAGUACUGAUGGACAAGAAUUAUCAAAAAUACAAAAAGUGAAGCUUAUUAGAAAUGAAAAAAGAGAAGGGUUAAUGAGAUCUAGAGUUCGUGGCUCAGAAAUUGCGACAGCACCCGUGCUUACAUUUUUGGACAGUCAUGUAGAGUGUAACGUGAAUUGGCUUGAACCACUUUUAGAUCGUGUAGCGGAAGACCCGACUAGAGUGGUGUGCCCAAUUAUCGACGUCAUCAAUAUGGAUAAUUUCCAAUACAUAGGAGCUUCGUCAGAACUUAGAGGUGGAUUCGAUUGGAACUUAGUGUUUAAAUGGGAGUAUUUAUCAAAAGAAGUCAGAGCGCAACGUCAAAAAGAUCCAACUUUACCAAUCAGAACACCGAUGAUUGCUGGCGGUUUAUUCGUGAUGGACAAAGAUUAUUUCGUAAAACUUGGAACAUAUGACAAGGAGAUGAACAUUUGGGGUGGUGAAAAUUUAGAAAUAUCAUUCAGGGUGUGGCAAUGUGGUGGUAGCUUGGAAAUCAUCCCUUGUUCUCGAGUAGGACAUGUGUUCCGAAAGAGACAUCCUUAUACGUUUCCGGGAGGCAGUGGCAAUGUUUUCGCCCACAACACUCGUCGAGCAGCUGAAGUAUGGAUGGACCGGUAUAAGCGAUACUAUUACAAUGCCGUGCCAUUAUCUAGAAUCGUCCCAUUUGGAAACAUAGCAGAUCGGUUGGCAUUGAAGAAAAAUCUCGGCUGUAAACCGUUUAAAUGGUAUUUGGAUAACGUUUACCCGGAACUUAAAUUGCCAGCGACUGUAGACGAGUUCGUGGGCAGUAUCAGACAGGGCUACAUGUGCUUGGAUACACUAGAAAACCAAGUAGGAAAAACAGCCGGAAUCUUUCCUUGUCACGAUUACGGUGGCAAUCAGGAAUGGACAUUUACAAUUGGUGGAUCGAUUAAACAUGACACGAUGUGUUUGUCUCCGACGGAUUAUUCUUCCAUGAGCUUAAUAAUUAUGAAACCAUGCGACUCUACAACCGAUGAAUGGAAAUUCGACGAAAACACUAAACAGUUAAGGCUUAAAGUCGUUAACCUAUGUUUGGACACGCUUGGAGUACACGACAUGAUAAGUAUAAAUGUAUGCGAUAGUCUAAACUCAAAUCAGAAAUGGGAAUACUUGGUUGCAGCAGGAAUCGAUAAUAAGGUUUAAAUACUAUUGAAAGUGGUAAUCAAUAGACAGAAAUACAGAACAAUAUAAUAUUUGUUUAUUGAUUUCCCAAAUCAAAAAUAAAAACUACUUAAAUGAGAAUCCAAAGAUCAACUUUUUAUAUAGUUUUAUACAUUGCACAGGGAAGACAUCAAAUAAAUACGAACAAUGAUGUUUAAUAUUAUUAUGUACCUACCAGCUUGUACCUACACUGAACAAUUAAGUUAUUACCUACUUAUAUUGUACUGUGAUAAAUAUUAAAACAAAUAGAUUUGAGUUAUCUAAUUAGUUAUUACCUAUAUUUUUAAAAUUAUAUUAUAUACGUAUAGACGUAUAGACGGAUAGCCGUAUAAUAUAAUAUAGGUACAGUACUAUUAUUAGCAGAUAAUAUAUAUUAUAUGUAUCCAAUAUUUUUAGUCUAAAGGUAAUUUUAUAUUAAAUUUAUGGAAAACCUUAGUAUUAUUACUUUAAUAUUAUAAUAUAAGUAUUUAAGUAGGUGUAUAUAGGUACUUAUGUCUUAUACAAUCCUAUAUAUUAUAUGAAUAUUUGAUAUUAUGUAUAAUUAUUUUUAUUUUAAAACGUCUAAGGUAAAAAUAGUUUUAUUUUAAAUGUAAAUAUUAUAAUACUAUGGUUCAUUUUUUUUUUUUGACAUUUUUAUACAAUUUUAUUUUUUGUGUUAUUUUAUUUUUAAGCAUUAUCAUGAUUAUUUUAUAUGUAAUAUAAUAUGUAUCCUUGUAAAAUACUUUAUAAUUGAUAAGGCUGUGAUUUAAAUCUUACCAUGAUUAUUAAAUGAUAUGUACUUACAUACACUAUUGUAAAUACCUAUAUUAUUUUUAUUUUUUCAUUCAAUAUCCUAUUUUGAGUGUCAAGUCUAUAAUAUAUAAUACCUACCUACCUUACUGUACAAUAUUAGCCAAUUAUAUAGGUAUAUUAUCUACAGGUAAUCAAAGACUGCGGUUAGUUCAGAACGUAAACAAUUUUACACGAGUGUUAUUUUUAUUUUUAAUUUAUGAUUUAACGUUUAAGUUGAUAAUAUUAUAGAUGAGUACCUAAACAUUUAA